UGACUUCCUAAGUAGUUGCUGUUGGGUGGUGUCUUCGCUGCUUAGGUGACACGUAACUAAAGUUAAAGGUGCUGUAAAGGCCUCGGAAAUAUCUGGAUUUUGACUUCUGCUACAGGGCUUGGCAAAGUCUGAACACAUUGCACUAUUACAUCCUAUCUGGGUUUGUUUCGGAAUAGAGUAGUGCGCAUUGUUUCUACAUUACCCACAUUAACAAAGUCUGCUUCUUAUGAAAUAUCGGAGAGAGUUUGCUGUGUGUAGUGUAGUCAAGCAAAAAUCCAAGGAGAAGUAACAACAAACUGGGAUUCCUUCGUGGAUGUGGCUACACCGUGUUGUGGGCUAAAAUGAGUCCAACAUCUUCACUAAACUUUCCCCAACUCUAAAGUGUUUCUGCGCCCUCUGUCUAAUAAUGCUUGGGGACGACUGAAGUGAUAAGGGGCUUGAGAGGUAGUAGUAUAAAGUUUAGCUGAACUUUCCACAGAAGUGACCGGGAGAUUGUUUGUGCAGGCAGCGAGGAGAGGAGCUAUUCAACCAUGGGGAACGGAGUGUGUUCUCGGAGGCAGCGGAGAAUCUUCCAGUCUCUCCUUCUAAUCACCGUGGUGUUCGGGAUUAUUUACGGGGGGAUGAUAUCGUAUGAGAUGCACAAACAGCUGAAGAGGACAGAGGCGAUGGCUGCCAAGUACCAGCAGCAUCAGGAGUCGCUCUCGGCGCAGCUUCAAGUGGUGUAUGAGCAUCGCUCGCGUCUAGAGAAGUCUCUGCAGAAGGAACGUCUGGAGCACAAGAAGGCCAAAGAGGAUUAUCAGGUGUUUAAACUUGAAGCCCAACAGUCACUGAACAAGGAGAAGCAGGACUCCAGCAGCAGGUUGAACUCAUUACAUGGGCAGCACCAGAUGCUGAAGAAGCAGCUUGAGGACCUGAAGAAGCAGCACUAUGAGCUGCAGGAGCAGCAUCAGAUUCAGGGAGAGGACCACGGCAAGGCCUUGGACGAACACAAGGACCGCUUCGACAAACUACAGCAGACCAAAGAGAUGGAAGCCUCCAAACUCAAAGAGAAUGUGUAUAAUCUGCGAGAGGAGAAUAGGCAGCUGAGGAAAGCUCACCAGGACAUCCAUGUCCAAUUGCAGGAUGCACGGAUAGUACAUAAGGACUUGAAGGCUGCCCAUGAUCAGCUUGCACUGACACUAGAGGACCACAAGAGUGCGCUGGCCGCAGCUCAGGUCCAGGUAGAUGAAUUUAAGCAUCUCAAAGAGACCCUGAUCAAAAUGCCAAGCCUUCGACAUGGUCAAAACCCCGCCCACCAACAGGCCCAGCCUGCUGCUCUAUUGGCCAAGGCCCAUGAACAGGGCCCACCCCUACCACAUCCAGCUGCCUUAUUGGCUGAGCCCCACAUAGAAGCACACACCCACGAGGAAGACCAUGGGGACACACAGUCUAGGUUGCAUAUACAGGAGGAGGUGGUGGGCGAGCCAGAGUUCCAGUCUCAGCCUGCCGGGUCCCACCAUGCAGAGAAGGAGAAAGAGGGAUAUGGAGAGACUGAGGGGGAGGCAGAGAGGAGUAGAGAGCUAGGGGAGGCAGAGAGGAGAGAGCUGGCGGAGGGGGAGGCGGAGAGGAGGAGAGAGCUGGCAGAAGAAGAGAUGGAGCAGGCGGGGCAGCCUCAGAAGCUGGAGGAGGAAUCUGAACAACCGCAGGAGGACGAGGGGUUGGAGGCAGAACACGACCAGCCAGACAACAACGCUCUGAACCGUCAGAGACGCCAACCACAACAGGAUCCACAAAGUGACAUCCAUCUCGUCCCUGAGACCCACCUCCAGCAGGAGGCCCACGUGGAGCGUGUGAAGUCUGCCUACGAGCAGCAGCGCCUGGAGGCUGAGCGGGCCCAGAGGACGAGGGAAAUCCAGCUGCGCCAGGAGGCCCUGCAGGCCCAGAGGUCGAGGGAGCUCCAGCUGCGCCAGGAGGCCCUGCAGGCCCAGAAAAUGAGCGUGCAGAGGGAGAGAGAGAUGCGUCUGCGAGCUCAGCACGAGAGAGAGGAACAGCACCAGCAUCAAGAGGAGUCCCGUCGGGAACAGCUACUGAAGGAGGAGCAACUCAGGAAGAAGAGUGACUAUGAGAACACAAACAAUGACAUCGUCCAGGGUGAUGAAGAACCUCAUAUUGAUGAUGACGAAGAGAGGGACACCCACUUGGAGAAGGAGAACCAAGAGGAAGAGGACCACCGAGUACCACAGCGACAGGGGGCAGUAGAGGGGGAGGUGGACCCAGAGGAUGACCCUAAUAACCAGGGGGAGGAUGAGUUUGAUGUGGCAGAGGAGCAGCAUCUUCAGCACAGGGAGGAAGAGGAGGCAGACAUACAUCUCAACCCCAAUCACCCAGCCAUAGAUGAGGAACUGGUGGUGAGAGAAGGAGGGAGGGAGGAGAGAAGAGAGGGAAAGGAAAUGGCGGUAAACCCCGAUCAGCAGGAAGACAACCUAGAUGACCAGUAUCCGGAGGAGGACGAGGUGCAGGAGGAUUUGGCCGGGGGGCAGAAGACGGAGGAGGAGCCAUACAACGAGGAGAAAGGAGAACACGAGGAGGUGAAAGACCAGGAGGUCCCAGCAGGAAAAGAGGGAGAACACAGAAAGGAAGAAGAGCUCAACGAGGAAGAGAACUACGAGGAAGAGGUGGGGGUUGGACAGGACAAGCGGCCCAAUCGAAGGGAGAUGUGAGAUGAAUAGAGACAUUGACCAAUGAGAGUGCCUUUCCCCAUCACUGGGAGCCAAUCAGAUCUCUCUCUAUUGUGUCUCUCUAAGUCACCCACUUGUCAUUCCCUUCUGUGUUGGACUCAAACUGAUGAACUUCUGAACAUAAUUAUUGUACUGGAACUGGGAAUACAAUCUAUAAGUCUGUCUGUCAGUCUGUCUGUCCAUCCAGUGACAUCAGACAGACAUGAGAAGGUCAUGUUACUGUAUGCUAUGUGUUUGUGCUCAGAUUGAACGUUUGUCUAUUUGAGUGUCAGGCUUUUACAUUUUUGUUUUUAACAGAGUUGUAUUUACAGUUUUUUUUUUAUUUUAUUUUUUUUUACAGCAAAUUCCUCUCAAUGUAUGUUUUAGUAGGACCUGCUUUCCAAUCUUCUGUUUAUUUAUUGUAGAUAUGAUGAUCGUUAUGGGUGGAGUUGAACGCUCUAUGAAAGUAAUUGUCAUUACUGCAGGAGAAACCUACACUAUCAUUGAUGCCAAUAAUAGUAAAAAAAACUAAAAAAAA